AUGCGUUCCUCCAUCGCCGUCGCUGCCGGCCUCGCUGCCGUUGCAUCUGCCGGAACCACCACCAUCACCGACACUGUCGCUGUGACCAUCACCUCCUGCGAGCCCACCGUCACCAACUGCCCCUACAAGGGCGGCUCCGGUGACCCGACCUGGGGCGACUGGAGCGUCACCGCCUCGACCACCUCCAGCAAGCCUGUCUCCGCGACCGGUGCUUGGGACCCAUCUGGAACCUGGGCCGACUGGUCCAGCGUGAGCAGCACCAGCAGCAAGCCCGUCUCUGCGACUGGUGCGUGGGAUCCGUCUGGAACCUGGGCCGACUGGUCCAGCGCCAGCACCACGACCCCGGUGACUCCUGUCUCUGCUACCACGGCUCCUUGCGGCUCAUACACCGCCACCACUCCCCCGGCCUGGUUCUCUCUCCUGCCCACUGACCAGCUCAGCUCCAUCCAAGCCCAAUGGACGGGUGCUCCCCCCUCGGACUGGUGCUACUGGACCUACAGCACUGGCUCUCUUAAGACCACUGCCACUCCCGUCGCUGCCACCAACUCUGCUACCUGGGGCCCUGGCUCGCCCAGCGGCACCUGGACUUCCGUCGCCGCCGCCUCCACUGGCACUGGUGCUUGGUCUUCUCCCGUGGCUGCUGCCUCAACUGGCGUCUGGUCGUACUCUGGCUCCCCUGUCGCCCCGGCCGUCGCCACCUUCACUGGUGCUGCCAAUGCCAACACUGGUUCUUUCGCCCUUGCCGGUCUCGCCGCUGCCGCCGUUUUGGUGAUGGCAUAA